AUGAACCGGAUUGUAGAUCAAAUUAAUUAUCCUAGUUGUAGAGUUAGUGGUGCUUCAGUUGAUGGUGCCGGAGAUGAUAGUAAUGGAAACGACUCCGACGACAGUAAUGACGACGACGAUGAUGAUGAUGCCGACAUUGACGGUGAUAGUGAUGAUGACGAUGCAUUUAUUAUAAGGAGGCAUUUUGAUAGGGAAAAAUUAAAUUUAUGCACAGCUGGAGCUAUAAACGCGAUGGACGCAACAACUUUGUUGAGUUUGUGCAUCGACUUGGAAACACACCAUGGCUUAAAACCGUCAAGAAGAAUGAGCGUUAUUGAAAAGGUGGCAAUGUUUCUAUUUACAAUAGCAGUUGGGGCAUCAAAUAGACAAGUGCAGGAAAGAUUCCAGCAUUCAGGUGAAACUGUUAGUAGAUGUUUUAAAGAAGUGCUUAAAUCAUUACGUUUGUUUGCUGUAGAAAUCAUAAAACCAGUAGAUCCACAAUUUACGAGCACACCAAGAGAAAUUGCUAUGAAUCCAAGAUUUAUGCCACAUUUCAAGAAUUGUGUUGGUGCAAUUGAUGGAACACAUGUUCGUGCAUGCGUACCAGCUGCAAAUCAAAUUCCAUUUAUUGGAAGAAAAUGUGUACCAACACAAAAUGUAAUGGCCGCUUGUAGUUUCGACAUGCAAUUCAUGUUCGUGUGGGCAGGAUGGGAAGGCAGUGCACACGAUACUCGUAUUUUUCUGGAGGCUAUUGACAAUAGCACUAUCAACUUUCCAAAACCUCUAGAAGGAAAAUACUAUUUGGUUGAUGCUGGAUAUCCAAACGAGUAUGGAUAUUUGGGUCCCUACAAAGGCGAGAGGUAUCACUUCCAAGAAUUUAGACGUCGUGGACAACCAAGUGGUCGGAAAGAAGUGUUUAAUCGUGCACACUCGUCACUACGUAACGUGAUCGAACGUUCUUUUGGGGUAUGGAAACAGAGGUGGAGAAUUUUGCAAAACAUGCCUGCUUAUCCAUACAAAACACAAGUUGAAAUUGUAGUUGCAUCAAUGGCACUACAUAAUUAUAUUAGAAGGAGAUCGCAAGAUGAUGCAGUUUUUUCUGAGUAUGAUCGCAACCCCAAUUUGAUUCCAGAUGACUUUUUGCCUGAUACUGUUCAGGCUUCGGCCGUUCAAGGCUCAUAG